GGACAUGCAGGAAAAGGAAGAAAAUUUGAAAUGCCAAACUUAGAUAUUUCAUUGCCUAAAUUAAAACCAUCAGGAGGUGAAUUUAACGUUGAAAGUCCCAAUAUGAAGGGUGGAAAGUUUCACAUGCCCUCUAUUGAUAUCUUUCUGCCAGGAGGAGGAGCAGAACGAGAUGUAAAUGUUGAAGGACAUGCAGGAAAAGGAGGAAAAAUUGAAAUGCCAAAAUUAGAUGUUGCUUUGCCAAAAUUUAAAGCAUCUGCUGGAGAAAUCAAUGUUGAAGGCCAAGAUAUCAAGGGUGGAAAGUUUCACAUGCCCUCUAUAAAUAUCUCUCUGCCUGGAGGAGGAUUAGGAGGAGAUGUAGAUGUUGAAGGACCUUCAGGAAAAGGAAGAAAAUUUGAAAUACCAGAAUUAGAUGUUUCUUUGCCAAAAUUAAAACCUUCAGGAGGUCAAAUUGACUUUGAAGGCCCGGAUAUCAAGGGUGGAAAGUUUCACGUGCCCUCUAUAGAUAUCUCUCUGCCGGGAACCACAGAGGGAGGGCUUAAACUGGGAGAUGACACUAAAAAAGGUAUAAGAUUUCACAUGCCCACUAUUGAUAUCUCUAUCCCUAAAAUGAAUCUAACAGAUCGUGAACUAAAAGUUCGGUCAGAUAAUAAAGACAUAGACUUUAACUUGACCCAUGAUUCUGAUAUAGAGACCAAAGCCUCUGGUGCCAAAAUUAGUGAUUUCAAUGUCCCUGAAGUAACUUUAGGUGGGAACAUCAAGCUGCCAAGUGUGAAAAUACCAACUGUUGACAUAUCUGCUCCUAAAGUUGACCUGGACUUUAGUCUUCCCAAGGGAAAGGGCAGUGAUAGAGAAAAUAUUGAACUUCUUAAGGCAGAGGGUGGAAGGCCGUCAUCUGAGGCAAGUUUUGAUGUUCCAGACGUCUCUGUAAAAAUGCCCAAAAUUUCACUUCCUAAAUUUGGCAGAAAAUCGAAAAGUGGAGACAAACUAGAACUGGAGAGUCCUGACUUAUCUAUAGAUUUGGAAAUGAAAAGAACAUCACCAUCUAAAAAGGAUACUGAAAUAAUUGUUCCUGACACUGAACUGAAGAUCAAAGCAGGUGCUGAAGAAAUUACAAAACCAGAAUUCAGAGUAGAGGGUCCUGAAGAUAAGGUCAAAUCCAAGUUCAAAUUCCCCAAAUUCAAGACACCUACUCCUAAAGCAAAGCUCAAAGAUGUAGAAAUACAUAUGCCUGGAUAUGUGGACAACAAAGGAAAAGUCAGAAUGCCAGCAGUUGAGAUAUCAUUGCCAAAAGCAAAUAUUUCAGAAUGUGAGGCAUUGCUUCCUAAACCUGAGGUUGAUGUAUCUGAGGCAGAUAUCAGAGGUUAUGAGGGCAGUUUAAAAAUCCCUAAGAUGCCAACAAUUGAUAUAUCAGUUCCAAAAGUUGAUUUAGAUGUUUCUUUGCCUAGGGUGAAACUUCAUGAACCCAUGGACUCUUCUGACUUAAACAUUGAUGGUAGUAGGGGUACAGUUAAUUUACCCCAUGUCAAGAUCCCUAAAGUUGACAUUUCACUCCCUCGUGCCAAAAUGGGUGGCAUAGAUAACCAUGAGGUGGAGGUUGGAAGGAAGGGUAAAUUAAGAAUUCCAAAAGUGGAAAUAUCAUUACCACAUGCAAAACACGACACAUUUUACACUGGCACCGAAAUUAAAGGUGAAAAGCUAAAAAUACCAAAAAUGUCAGUGCCUAGUGUUGAUUUAUCAUUGCCUCAUGGAAAGGAAAAUGAUGAUCCUGAUGUAGAAUUCGGAGCGAAAGGGAGUAAAUUAAAAAUGCCAGACAUUAUAGUGCCUAAGAUAGAUUUAUCACUACCUCGUGGAAGGAAAGAAGAUAAUCACAAACUUGAUUCAGAACUAGAAGGUGCGAAAUUAAAGAUGCCAAACAUUGAUAUACCCAUUCCUCAAAUAAAAUCUAAAGAUGUUGUUUCAGAACUUCAACCUGAUGUAGGAAAAGGUGAAGUCAUGAUCCCUGGGAUAAGGGGAUCUGUGGAAGUAAAAGGUGGACAAUGUAAGAUACCUGAUAUUAAGAUACCACAGGUAGACAUAUCAUUACCAGAAAGUAGAACUGGAGAGUUUGAUACCAAAGAGGGAGAAUCUGGAGGAGUGGGUGGAAAAUUGACAAUGCCGAAUGUUAAAAUCCCAAAACUAGAUAUAGGAAUCUCUAGAGAUGCAAACAUAUUAGAUCCUUCUAUUGAUGCAAGCCUUAAGGAUUCACAUAAAGAGGGUAAAAAGAUGAUGAUGCCUAAUGUGCCUCUAGAGCUGGAUCUUGGCAUAUCAAAAGAUGGAAACCAGGAUAAAAAGAAAUCUGAACUUCAAGAUACUGAUCUGGAACCCACACCGAAAGAAAAAAUAAAAGGGCCAAAAGUUAAAGGUACAAAAUUUAAUAUUGGAAUGCCAAAAGUAAAAGUUUCUGUAUUAGAAACUGACAUAAACAAGUCUGGAAAAAUGGAAGCUAAAUUUCUAAAAGGAGGAACUGAUGCAAACUUGGAAGCUGGUUUACAAGCACCAAAGAUUCCUGAACUUGACUUUGACAUUGAGACUGCCCAAGCUGACACUAAUAAUUCUGAUGAAGAUAAAAAGCAGACUGGUAAAGUUAAAAUUCCAAAGUUUGGGAUUCCUCUGCCUUCUUUAAGUUCACCUGAAAUCAACAUCAAAUCUUCUCAGGGAAAAGGUCACUCUAUAAACAUAGACUCCAAGGUAGAGUAUGAAAGUCCACGUCUGCCAAAAGUAACAAAAGCUGUAUUUGUUAUGGUGGAUCCACAAACUGAGAGCUCAGCUAGUGUAGGUGGUGAAGCAAGUGCAGAAACUAUAGAUGUGAAGAUUAAACAGCCAAAGAUCAAAAUGAAGCCGAGUUUUGGGAAGUCUCAAUCAAAUGAAAAGGGGAAAGCAAUAUAUUGCGAAGAUGAGGUGGAAACUGAGGGAAAGUCCAAAACUGCUAAGCUUAAAUUUCCCAAAGUCACAUUCUCAUCUGGGCAGAGAGGAUCAUUUGAUGUAACACCAAGUGGGUCUGAUGAUGGAACAAGUCCAAGUCUAAAUGGUAACAAAGAUGAAAAAACAAUGUUUGGAAAGCUUAAAUUGCCUAAAGUGGACUUUUCCUCACCAUACUCAAAAAAUGAAAGUGAGGGAGAGGAAAUGGAAACAAGCAUGAAACUCAGGAUGGACAGCUCAGGAGAAAGCAAAGAUAGCAAGGAGUCAAAGACAAUAUCAGGCACAAUGUCUUUCCCAGGUCUAAAGAAGAAAACAGAGAAGGAUGAGAAGAUGAGAAAGAGUAGUACUAUAGUAUCCUCGAAAGCAAGGACUGAAAUGUUGGCAGAACGGGAGGGAUCAGAGUCUCCAGUACCCACAGUAUCAUCUGGAUUUGUCUCUGUAAUGAAGUGUGAAGAAAGAGAGGAGACAACAUGGUUCAAAGUACCCAAGGUCACCCUUAGACCCCAUUCUACAGACAUCCUUCAUAUCACACCAGAAAGCUCUCCAAAAGGAAGCAAGUCCUCUCUUCCUUGUUCUAGUGAGGGAGCUUCUGGAGGUUUCUAUGUGAAGAUGCCAAGCGUAGAAUUUUUGACCCAUGAAAUGCCCUCAGAGCAUCUGAUUACUAAAACAGAGGGAACUCUUACUAUAGUGACUAAGACGACAAAGUAUACAGAAACAAAAGGUACCAGUUCGAAACAGUAAGAAUCUCACAGAACUGUGAGAUCUAAUCAGUAGUGGAAUAAUAAUUAGGCCCACUUAUUUGCAUGUGACAACUGUUUCAAUCUUACUGGUUUCAUUAUAUUUAAAGUAAAGAAAGCAAACAUACUUUCUCCAGCUUUUGCAGGAAAAACCUAACUUAUAUAUGAUCAAAAUGUUGCUACAGAAAUAAUAUUAUUUAUUUUAAACAUUAUUUUCAUGUUUUGUAACUUCCCACUUUAAAUUGAUAAAUUUGUAAAAGAUCACAUAUAUUUACACAGAAAUAUAUAGUUGUAGAUAAAAAAUAAAUAAAAAACAUCAUAGGCACAAAUAUGUAGAACAUGGACAGAUGCAAAGACAUUGCAUUUUACAUUUUCUUAUGUUUUUUUUUUUUUUUUUGUGCAGCCUUGCAUGACAUUUAUGCUGCAGAAUUACACCAUUUUGGUAACAUUGCUUUGGUUUUUCGAUGCCUGGUUUGUCUCUGUAGUUUUUGGUUGUUGUUAUGGAAUUUUGUUUAUUUUAGAUAUUAUUAGAAAUAUGUGUACAUAUUUAUAUGCAUGAUCUGUACAGCUAAGAACCUGUUACGUAGAGUAUUUUUGUGAUACAUAUUUUUGUGAAUUUUAAGAUAAAUUGAAACAACAUGAAGUUUUUUUGUUUUUUUUUAUCACAUUUUCUAAGGAUUGUGACAUGCUGUACUAGAAAGAAUUUUUCUGUUCAGGAGAAAUGCUCUGACUUCUAAUGAAUUGAAAACACUGAGUGUGACGUUUUUCUUUUCUUUUCUUUUCUUUUUUUAAUUAGCUCUUGUGUUGGUGAUGGAAUUGGCCUACAUGCGAGCAAUAUCAUUGUAUAUAUAAUAUUUAAGGCAGGUUUAAUUACAGAACUGCAUGUUUGUAAUGUGUUGUUGUUGUUUAAAAUAAUUUAGAUGAUGCUUAUCUCCAUCUAGUGCAAAAAUAGAACCGUCAAAUAAAAUAUUACCAUACUAAA